AUGAGACCAAGUUACAUCUCGCAGAAUACUGAAACAGUUCUCAAAAAGAGGAAAUCCCCCUACUCGAGAAAAGGAUGCCUUCAAUGCAAGAAGUCUCACACCAAGUGUGAUGAGACUAAACCCCAAUGCUUAAAAUGCAUUAAACGGAAUAUUGACUGUACAUACAAGGUCAGUUUCGUAUUUCAGAAGGUAGAGGCACCUUCUGUAGUGGAAUCAAGUCCUACUUCGAAUACGCUGAUAGGAGAGACUGACGCACCGCCUAGUUCUACCCCAUUUGCGGUCUUACCCCAUCAGAAUGCGCAUGUCUAUACUCCUAUGGAUACUGUGAACACGGAGAAGAUAAAUGAAUCUUUAAUGCAUCUAUCGCCAAUAGAACAGAAUUUAGAUCUUCGAGACUUCAUAUAUGUAUCACCGACUGAUCUGACUUUUUUGAACCUAUUAACGUUUGAUACCCAAGCCAAUAAGAGGCCUGCAUCAUUUGUUUCUGGAACACCUUUAAUUAAUUUAUUUCAGCUCUCUUGGAGAAACUCAAGCUGGAUUGAGCUGUAUGAUACCUUGAAAACUUAUGAUCCAAUACAAAUCCUGUGCAAUAAUAGAACUCCGGUUGAUGCUACGUCAAUAUCACUUGAUAAUCCUCAAUUAUUGAACUUUGUUUGGACAAUGACUAGAGUAACAUUGGGCUGUGGAAAUUUUAUAAUUUUCCCGCAAGAACGUUUCGAUAGGUUAGUUGAACUGUACCUGAAUCUCGCUGAGAAACAUCCUGUUGUUGAGCAAGCGAUAAUGUAUGAUGUAGCCCUGCUUAUGAAAGAUAUUUAUUUCAAGAACGAUUUUAAGGAUUAUUCACACAUAUGGGACCGUUAUGUUAGGAUGCCAAGCUUAAAGCCAUGUUUGGAUACUUUGCAACACCGAAUUAAUAAAACGACGGAGUUUUCUGAGCUGGUUGCCCUUGCUUUUACAGUCGUUUUAUUGUUUGCAGCCAAUAGUACAUAUCGCAAUGCAGAGUGGAGAACACAUCUGAAGGGUAGUUGGCAUAUGUUACAAUCUGCUGUGGAAUUUAUACCGACGCACACUAUCACCUUUUCCGACCAAAAUUGUAUUGAUCUGUAUGAACUUCUAAAGGACUGGUUCUGUCAUGCAGAAAUAUUGGCCUGCAUCACUUCCGAUAACGGUGGUUCAAUCAUGACGACGUCAGAAUUACAUAACCUACUUUCAAAUGCUCCUUACUCGAGACAUAACGUCCUAGGUGGCAAUUAUGACUUAAUCAGAGGAUAUUUGACUGCUUUGUUUCCAAUCUUCACUAGAAUAACUCUAAAGCUGCUGGAUCUAAAGUCGCGCGGUGUGCUGCUUCAUGGAACGAACAUAGUAAGGUUUCUCCUGGUUGACCGUAAUGAAGAAAUUGCAUUGGAACUAAGGGAGUUCGGUCUGUCACUGUUGCACGAAUUGCAAAUGUCUAAGAUCAAUGACCAAGAGUUACGAGAAGUUGUGAGUGAUGUCUCAGAUCUUCGCUUGCAAUUCUCCAUGAAAAAUUCUGCAAAAGUAUACUACAUGGCACUAGAGCUAUAUCUCAAGGUAUUUUUCGUUCGCAUACCGUUAAACUCCAUCGAACUAGUUGAUUCGUUAGAACAAGUGUUAGAAACUUUGUACGCCAUGCCCUAUUACACCACUACAAGUGUGGCUUGUCAUUGGGGCAUUUACCUAAGUGGUUUGGUUUCCGCGCUAAUCGGCCAAAAAAACAUACACACGCAUUUUAUAGAUAUUCUGUCGAAGCUGGCCUCAAAUGGGAUGAUCGUUGCUGCAAAUUCGAUCACUAGGUUAACUUAUAUCUCACGGGCUCUAGAUACCAAUAACUACAAAGCACUUGUUAAUCCAUCACAUGAUUAUAUCGUUUAUUGA